UGUGACGUCACGGGAAGGCGUGGGGAUUCCGGAGGGAGGCCCUCCUCUCCGCAGGGCGGUUCCUCCGGGCGGCGGGAGAAGCGCAAUUUGCCCGCCAUGGCUGCUCUUCAGCUCCUGAUGAUGGUCCCGGCGCUGGGCAGCUUCCUGUUCACCUUCGGGACCGGCGUGGAGCUGGUCCGCUUCGUCUCCUUCCGCGCUCUGUUCCUGCAGCCAGGGACGGGGCCUGCCCAGCACAGAACCGAUGCUGCUCCUCAUCUUCAAUGGGAAGCUGCCCUGAGGGAUCCCAAGAUUCUGCGGCCACUAAUGGUGGACGUGGGCUUAAUUGUCCUCUUCAUCCUGCAGCACAGCCUCAUGGCCACUCAGCAAGUCAAACACUGGACCAGAAGUUGCUUUGGAGUUCUACAGAGAUCUUUCUAUGUCUUCUGCACAGCACUGACUCUCCAGCUGCUGAUGAGGUACUGGCAGCCUGUGCAGGAUGCUCCUGUGCUCUGGAAUACGAGCAGGGAGCCGUGGGUCACUUGGGUCCCUCUCAUCUGCUUCAUCCUCCACUUCAUUGCUUGGCUGGUCAUCUUUAGCAUCCUCCUCAUCUUUGACUACGCAGAGCUGAUGGGGGUGAAACAGGUUUACUACCACUGCCUGGGCAUGGGGGACCCUUUGGCCGUGAAGUCCACAAGUGCCAUCCGCCUCUUCUCCCACCUGCGUCACCCCGUGUACCUGGAGUUUCUCCUCAUCCUGUGGGCCGUUCCCUGCCUUUCUCUCGACCGCCUGCUCCUCGCAUUGCUCUUCACAGCCUACAUCACCUGCGCCCACAACCUUGACCAGCAGGACUACCUCUACCUGCGAGCUCAGCUGGACAAGAAGUUCCAGAUCUUCUCCCGUGAGGAGGCAGCCUAUGAGGAUCUGCUGGCUCAGAAUGGCCCCUCCGUCCCUAAGAACUGAACCGGUGUGGCCCCAAUUUUAUAUGCAGGUGCUGUUGUCCUAGUAUAUUGGGGCCUGAUUGCCUUGUACCUUGCACUCUCCCAUGCUAAGCACUGAACGAUGCAAUGUGCCUUGUAUAUCCUUCUGCUUUUAUGCACUCGGGACUUGAGUGGUCUAUAAAUGGGACCUAAGAGUUCUGGCUUCCAGCAGGCCUACUUUGCUACAAUUCUUAGAACACAUAUAAGGAGUUCUAUAUGGUGAUCCCACAUGGUCCAGUAGGUUGGAAUCCUUGAGGAAAGAGGUGGAACUCCAAAGAUGGCAGAAUUCAACCCCAAGUUCCUUGGAGGGAAGUCUCUAGAGCAGGGGUGGGGGGAAGCCUAUGGCCCUCCAGAAGUUGGUGGACUUCAGCUGCCAUCAACAUCUGGAGGGCUGUGGAUGCCCCAUACCUGCUGUAUAGCCUUAAAGGGAUAUAUUGGGACCAAAAAGAGCCCCCCACACACACUAGUGCUAAGAAGAACAAUGAGUCACUGAUAACCGAUUGGAGUUUAGGUGAGGUGGUCAGGUUGUUGUUGUUUGAGGGAGGCUUUUUUACGAUUUACAACAGCAGGCAGGUAGCUCAACAGACAAAAUGUUCCCCAUCUCUGGGAAAGUUGGGCCCUUUGGAAUCAGUGGGGCACUGCCCCAGUGUAGCCUUAUGAGGCUUUGCCCUCGGGUGGGAAAAAUAUUGCGCCCGGGAAAGGGAGAUGGGAGUCAACAGACACUCAAGGAAUAGUUUCGGAGAAAAAGCUUUUAUUUCUACCAUCCAUGAACUGGUAGAAGGAGCAAGUGUGAUAACUCACAAAAAAGCAUGCACGGGUUCACAGUCAUGUGCACAGAGCAUAUAUACCCCUUCCAGUUCCCUCCCUUUCUUCUCCUUUUCCAGGAGUCCUGCCCCAUGAGUUCCUCUGAGCAUGAACAGAAAGCUGUCUUGGGACUAUUGUGGACUCUUGGCACCCUUCCCAGGAAAGGGGAAUGAGAGUGGUUCAGCAUGUCCAAGAAGGUGCAACUAGAAUGAGAUAAAAGUCAGUUCUCAGGCCUGCUCUGAACAGAGCCUAUUCAUUAGCUUUUUGAAGCCUUCUCAUGCUGAUAAAAGAAUAACAUUUUGCCUUGCAACAGCAGAGCAAAUGAGCAGAUGCUUAGCUGCUGAGAAAAUGAUUUUGAAAAGCUUUGAGGGGGGGUGACUUCGGGCCUAGGUGGGGUCACCUGUCCUCACCUCCUACACCAGUAACCUCAGUCUGCCCCCAGCCAUUCCCCCCCCCCCCCGCUAGCUGGCUUUACUUACAACCAGUUAGGGGGUGGCUCUGUCUGUCAUGGACUCUGCGGCUGGUCUUCCUGCCCAAGAGGACACCAGGCACACCUGACUGGGAUUCUGCAGCUGUUAAAAAGCACAGAAGAUGCCUCAGUUGAAAUUCAUUAUAAUAACAAAGCUUUUUUAUUAUUAUUUCUGUACCCCCUUGCUAACAAAGUAUUUUUAUACAUAUGAAAAGCAAAUCAUGGGUUGAUAAGAUAAUGGUUCGUAAAGUAAAAAAAAGGGUGUGUGUUUUUUAAAAAAGUUUGUUUGUCUCUGUUCUGAAAUUUGGUUUAGAACCAAAUUUGGUUUAGAACUGGGUUUUUCAAUUCAUUUUCUGCUACAGAACUUCUGCCCAAGUGAUUUUUAAAGUAUAGGAUUUUUAACUUUGAUUCACAAGCAAGAACUAUUUUAAAGAGGUAGCAGCCUAGAUAAUUUGUGGAGUGGGCUGUGAGGUUUUUUUGCUUUUUGCAAAUAUAUCUCUUCAGCACAGUGUCUUCCAAAUACAUUUCUGUUCCAAGCAAGCCAUCAGAAUUCAUUGCCCAUCCUCUUGCUUCUGUCGUGUCAAUUCAGUUCCAAAGCAUUCUUAAUUCCAAGGCCUACCUGGGCUGAACAAGACAAGGCCUUGAGAAAGAUUCUGGUCAAGAUGGCUGUCCAGCAGUGGACCACCUGCCUCUCAAACCCAAAUAUAUCUCCAUGCGGUGGGUGACUUUUAACUCACCCCGCCCAUCAGAAUUAAUGACAAAAACUAUAAUUUAUGUGAUCUUUGAAUCAAGUACAUUUACAGGCAAAAGCGGGCUGGGGGGGGGCAGGGGUUGAUUCUAGGAUUAUGUCUCCAGGCUCUACCUAGCAAUGGUUGGAUCUUUGCCUUCAUUUGUAACUCAAUGCCUUGAACAUCCACUAGCAUUUCUUUUUAAAUGCUGAUAAUGCUUUUAUUGUAGCUUUUUUAUUAUUAUUUCUGUACCCCCUUGCUAACAAAGUAUUUUUAUACAUAUGAAAAGCAAAUCAUGGGUUGAUAAGAUAAUGGUUCGUAAAGUAAAAAAAAGGGUGUGUGUUUUUUAAAAAA